GGUUGACCGACAGGGGAGAGAUCUGUGUAUAAACAACGCAGAUCUCUCCCCUGUCAGCUCCUGCACACUGCUUUGCAUGGCUCUGCAUAGUAGAGCCAGUGUUAAGCACACACACAGCACACAGUGAAAUGGUACACAUCACACAGUUAACCCUUUGAUCGCCCCACAUGUUAACCCUUUCCUGCCCAGUGCCAUUAGUACAAUGUCAGUGCUUUUUAUUAGCACUGAUCACUGUAUUGGUGUCACUGGGGAUGUCAGUAACACCAAGUCAAUUCCCUCCAAGUGUCAGAAUGCCCACCGCAGUCCCACAGUCCCGCUAUAAGUCGUUA